AUGGCCCGCAUCUCCGCCCUCCUCGCCCUCGUGAUCGCAGUCGGCGCGACCGCCUCCGCCGCCGCCCCGGCGCACCAGCACGGCGUGGCCCUCGAGGCGCGCCGCGUCGCCCCCGACGCGGCCCACAACAACGCCCGCCGCCACAAGAAAAAGUGCAAGCCCAAGUCGUCGUCGUCGUCCGCCGCGCCUACGACGACGGCCGCGCCCACGACCACCGCCGUGCCCCCCACCACUGCCGCGCCGACAGAGGCCUCGACGACCUCGGGCUCGGGCACUGCCGUGACUCCCCCCAGCAGCAGCUCCAGCUCGGGCUCGGGCGCGGCUGCCACGACCUCCUCGACCUCGGCCGAGGAGCAGGCCACCACUAGCGUCUCGUCGUCGCCCUCUGUCGAGGCAACCGCCGCGCCGUCGACCACGUCGGGCACGGCCGAGCCCACUGGCUCGUCGUCGUCGGCUUCGAGCUCCGAGGCUUCGUCGUCGAGCGAGGCGCCGUCGUCUUCGGCUUCGAGCUCGAGCGAGGCUCCGUCGUCCUCGUCCAGCGAGGCCCCCUCUUCCUCCUCUUCGAGCGAGGCCCCCUCGUCGACCACCUCGUCGAGCGCUGAGCCCUCGUCGACUACCUCGAGGGCCGAGCCCUCGUCAACCACCACUACCUCGAGCGCCGCCGCCACAACGACAGCCGCCGCCACCACGUCGCCCGAGGCCCCCCAGCCGAGCGCCGCGGCUCCGGACGCGCACCAGUUCCUGCAGCUCCACAACGACUUCCGCGCGCAGUACGGCGCGACGCCGCUCACGUGGAGCGACGACGCUGCCGGCGUCGCCGCGACCGUGGCGGCCAAGUGCGACUUCUUCACGCACUCGAACACGCCAGGCUUCGGCGAGAACUAUGCAGCUGCAGGCGUGGGGUACGCCGUGUCGGGCAUGUUCGACAUCUGGAGCGGCGAGGCCAGCAGCUGGGACUACAACAACCCCGUGUACACCAAGCCCGCGGCGCACUUCACCCAAGUUGUCUGGAAGGCCACGACUUCGAUCGGCUGUGCCAUCCACCAAUGCGCACCCAACCCGGAGGUCUUCAACGGCUCGUACGACGGCGACUGGAACUUCCUCGUGUGCGAGUAUGCCCCGCAGGGCAACAUUGAGGGCCAGUAUGCCGAGAACGUUGGCCACAAGCAGUAG